CCCCAGACACAGCAGGAAAGUAGAAUGUUUUCAUCACCACUUAUCUGUGACAUCUGGAACCCAUUGGAUCUGGGACAGGACUUGCUUGCUGUGAAUAUCUGAGAUAUGGAGAUAGGGUUGGUCCCUACAUACAGUACCACCCCCUGGUGGAGCUUUAAAAACACUGUAAGGAUGGAACAUAGCUUACUGUAUAAUUGGAGAGUGAACUGGACAAGCACAUGCUGGUAGAUUCCAUACCUAAGAGUGUUUGAAACUAUAUGAAGAAUGUGGAGCAUCUGUUUACAGCAUAACCCUUAACCAAGUGAGCAGGACAGGUGAGUGGCCUCCAGAUCUACCAAUAAAGAGAGAUGCCUCUUCCAUUUGGAAACUGUUCAAGUGUGGGAGAUUCUCUGAAUCAUGUGGAACCUUUUCAUAACCUAAACAAAUUGGAAGUGAACAUGGGAAACAAUUGCUAUAGUUUUUGUGAUAUAAACCCUGAGGAUUGUAACAUGACACUGGAUGAGUUGCUCUUUAAAUACCUGGGUCCUCGAAGGUCUAACUACUUCACCCCAAUAUGUGUUAUUUACCUGGUCAUCUUUGCAGUUGGAGCUGUGGGGAAUACACUGACUUGCAUCGUGAUUAUUAAACACAAGAUUAUGAGAACUCCUACCAAUUACUAUUUGUUUAGCCUGGCCAUUUCUGACUUGCUUGUUCUUCUUCUGGGAAUGCCUCUGGAACUCUAUGAACUUUGGAGCAACUACCCUUUUGUUUUUGGGGAAGGUGGCUGUUCCUUUAAGACACUGCUCUUUGAAACAGUUUGCUUUGCCUCUAUACUGAAUGUAACUGCAUUGAGCGUGGAGAGGUAUAUUGCAGUUGUGCAUCCUCUACGGGCGAAGUAUGUGGUAACCAGAAACCAUGCCAAGAGAGUCAUCUUCACCGUGUGGGUCAUAUCUAUUCUGUGCUCCAUUCCCAAUACAAGCCUUAAUGGCGUAUUGCACUUACGUGUUUUGGGAAUAGGCGUAGUGCCAGGAUCUGCCACUUGCACUGUAGUCCGGCCCCGUUGGAUAUACAACCUUAUAAUCCAGAUUACCACCAUAUUUUUCUUCUUUUUACCCAUGGGCACCAUCAGUGUCCUGUACCUUCUUAUUGGCCUUCAACUUAAGAAAGAAAAGAUGCUGCAAGUCUUAGAGACCAAAUCAGGAAAGGAAGGAGACAGUUACCAAAAUGUUCGGGUGCAGCAGGAGAAGACACGAAGGAGACAGGUGACAAAAAUGCUAUUUAUCUUAGUGGUGGUAUUUGGGAUCUGCUGGGCACCCUUUCACACGGAACGGCUGAUGUGGAGUUUCAUAAAUGACUGGACAGAAGUGAUGCAUCAAAUAUUUAGCUUAGUCCAUGUGAUUUCUGGGGUGUUAUUCUACCUGAGUUCUGCAGUUAACCCCAUCCUGUACAACUUACUGUCCACACGAUUCCGGGAGAUGUUCAAGGAGGUCAUGUGCCAUGGAAGGACAAAGAGGUUGGGUUCCAGAAGGUCUUCCCCAAGUGUCACACGUGUAACCACACGCAGUACAGUGUGCGAAAAUAUCCCUGGAAAUGGAUUACGAUUCUCUGAUGUUGAUGAGUUUGUUGUAUAUUUAGAGUGCGAUAAUGUGACAAAGCAUUAGUCAUUUAUCUUUAUCAACGAAAACUACCUUAAAUUGUGAACACACACAUCUGCCAAACAAUAAGUAAUUGCACACUUGUUUCAUACAACUUUCUUUUCUUCCUUUGUUUCUGUUGAUUGCUCUAAGCAUAAGAACAUGUCUACAGGGGAAGGCUAUUGACCAAUGGCUGUACACAAGUUAAAUAUGUGGAAAGACCAAUCAAUGGUAAUACAUGAGUUAAAGGCAGAUACAAUUAUUUUACUAAACCACCAUAUACAUUAUUUCUGAAAAAUAAUGUCCACUGAGGAGCACAAACUGAUAUUUGAGGUAAUUUAUAGCCAUGGGAAAAAGGUAGAGGCCACAGUUUUUCUGGGACCCCCACAGGGACCCCCACAGCCCUGCAUACUUUCAAGUUAAACAUAAAGGCUUAUAUGUUACAAAAUAAGCAGAUUCCAUAGAGAUUAACAAUUGGAACACAAUGUGGAAUCUAAACAAUGCAUGUAUAUAUCUGAAAAAUAUAUAUACAAUAUAACAAACAAAUAUGCUAGCAUGAAUAACAGUGUUGACUGUGUUUCAAAAGUAGUGACACCUAGGGGCAGAUUUACUGAGGGUCGAAUAUCGAGGGUUAAU